UCCAAUACUAUUUGAAUCUAACAACCGGCAGUCGAUUGCUUAUUACGUUCAGCAGGGGAAGUUUGUGAGUUCGAACCAGUGCGCCGCCAUGUCGCCCGAAUUCCACUUUUAUCUGAGCGGCGAAGACUGUUGGAAGAAGAAAUUUGGUCUCUGUCAACAUAGCUCUGAUGGAGAGGGCACUCGGCAACAUGGCCAUGAGGAGUCUCACCCCUGGAGAGGCCAACAUGGAUUCCAACAUGGAGGGUAUGUUGGGCAUCAUGGAGGUCACGGCGAGCAUCAUGACGGGUAUGUUGGGCAUCAUGGGGGUCACGGCGGGCAUCAUGGUGGUCACUGGGGUCAUGAUGGAGGGCAUCAUGGUUACCAUGGAUAUUUCGGGCAUCAUGGAAGUCCCGACAGACAUCAUGAUGGUCAUUUUGGGCAUCAUGGACUUUAUGACGAUCAUCACCAUGAAUAUUUCGGGUACCAUGGUGGGUAUCACAAUGAAAACGGCGAAGGAAUCAAAGAAAACGGAGAUGGCGACGAAGGAAUCAAAGAAAACGGAGACGGCGACGAAGAAAUCAAAGAAAACGGAGACGGAGACGAAAAUAAAGAAGACGAAGAAGAAGCCGAAGAAAACAGCGAUGAAGAAGAAGAAAACGGAGACGAAGAAUCCUCAGAGAUCCUCGAAGAAGAAGAAUCCUCGGAAGAUGAGAAUCCUCGGAGGAGUCCUUAG